GUCGACCCUCUUGGCCAGCCCGUCAGAGCAGCUCCAACUGUUGCCCGUGCGUUCCGUUCGUUCCGAGGUUUAUCCGCGGUGCCCGUUCUCCCUCCUACUCUUCGGCAAGGCCCCGGACUGGGUUUUCAGAUCAACAUGAGGAUGAAAGGCGGCCUCUCCACCUUGAUACACAUGUCGGCCCUGCGCCCGCUUGUCAUAUGUGGGCCAUCCGGUAGUGGAAAAUCGACGCUGCUCAAGAAGCUGCUGAAAGACUUCGGCGAUUACUUCGCCUUGAGUGUGUCGCAUACUACCCGAAAGCCCAGGCCCGGUGAAGUGAAUGGCAAAGACUACCAUUUCAUUUCGCGGGACGAAAUGGAACAGGCCAUCGAGGCGGGGGAAUUCAUCGAGUACACGGAGUUUUCUGGGAACUUGUAUGGCACCAGUAAGAAGUCCGUGCGUGAUGUUCAAGAGCAAGGGCGAAUCUGCAUCCUCGACAUUGAAAUUGAGGGUGUGAAGAACAUAAAGAACACAGAUCUGAAUCCCCGCUACAUCUUCGUCAAGCCUCCGAGCAUGAAGGCCCUUGAAGAGCGGCUCAGAGGUCGGGGAACUGAAAGUGAAGAGAGCUUGAGUAGACGCCUGGCAAGAGCUAGUGAGGAGAUUGCCUAUGGUGAAAACCAGGGCAACUUUGACCUUCUGCUAGUCAAUGACAACCUCAAAAGUGCAUACAACAAGCUCCGAGAUUACCUCAUAAAGGAGUACAGUAUGGGUUUCUCUAUUAUCCAGGAAGUGGAGGAGCUUCAGAAGAAGCCAAAGAUCUAGUCGCACAUGCCAUCUGUGGACUCAGCACACCAUCAUGCAUCAUAUUCCUGUUGCCUGUAACUUAUUGUGGAUUCAUUUUUGCUGCGACGCAAAUGCCACACUUCACAUGGGAAACCAUGUUUUUUCUGUAUAGCAUUGGUACUGAUCUUAAUGCUAUCUGGGUGGGCUGCUGCGUAAGACACCACUGAUGACAGAACAUAUGGUUCUUGUUUCCUCCCUUUUUAUUCCUAUUUUCAUAAUUCAUUUUUCCCCCAUUUUAUUUAAGAGUCAUUCAUGAGUCUAAUGUUGUGAGACACUCGUACGUGCACACUGCAUUUGUGAUACUGUUGACAAGGCUUGAGUAGAAUCUUGACCAUGUGUCUGUACACUGACUGUAUGUUGUAGUUGUGUAGGUGCGGGGGACAAGCAUGAGCUCAGUCGUAUGCGUUUCUUGAUCCUGCUACCAGUGAUCAUGUGCAGAGUGUUGCUGCAGAACAAGUGCUGCACCUGCUACGUGGACGAGCUUUGUUUUCUGCCAAACAAGUUCUUGUUACUGUAUGCCUUGGACAAUUCCUAUUCGGAUUGGUGACAUUUAAUUACAUAUUAUAACCGGCUUGACUCUGUAGUCCCCUAAUGGUUGUUUCUGUAGCUUGUGUAUUGUGUUACGUUCUACAGAAACUUAGUACUAAGCUUUAAGUGUGCAUGCACUGUGAUUUUUGUGUAAACUAGAAAUGGAUUGUGGCUCAUGAGUCAGAUUUCAGACUGACAAUGUUGCUGCAUUUCUAUGAUUUGCAUGUGUGGCAGAAUGAAUGUGUGUGUAUUCAAGAAUCUCACUUAAUUUAAGCUAUUGGGGUCAUGGGUUCAAUGUGGUGAAAGCAAACCUUUAAUGGGCCAGUGUGUUUCCCCUUCUGUUCGUUUCUUUUUUUCCUUCUACAUUAAAGCAUGGUAAUGAGCUGGUGAAAACAAGGCAUGACCCUAUUCUUGUUGCAUUUUAUUGACCAUGGCUAUUAUUUUAAUGUACAUAUUUUGUUGGCCUUGGACCAAAACAAUUGAUGUGCUUGUUUUGCAUUUUCUUCUUGGGGGCACUUAUAUAUGCCACUUGAAGAAUGUGUGUUGACCAGCUAGCACAGCUGUUCUUUGUUCAUAUGUUUAAAUGAUGCAUGGUCUACACCAUGUUCCCUCUUUGCAGAGCUUUCAUAGGUCACAGCACAAUGUGAGCCAUAACUGUCUUGGUAACAGUCAUUCAGAUAGAAACUGCUUUAGAAGCAAGUGGGUAGGGAAAACAUUGUGUUGUGCUUAGAGCACACCUGUUAAUUUAAUGUUCCUACAAUAUUGGCUUGGAUGUGUACACUGAAUAAACAGCUUCUGGAACAUCCUCGUGA